AUGGCGUCGCAGUACUACCAAGAAAUGCAGGAGAGCUUCAGAAAUAACAACAAAAGUCGCGAGUUCCCGGCCCACACUGCCAAGGUCCACUCGGUGGCGUGGAGCUGCGAUGGCAGAAGACUCGCGUCCGGGUCUUUUGACAAAACGGCGAGCGUUUUCGUCCUGGAAAAGGACCGUUUGAUGAAGGAGAACAACUACCGAGGCCACAGCGACAGCGUGGACCAGCUCUGCUGGCACCCCACCAACCCAGACCUGUUCGUCACAGCCUCCGGGGACAAAACCAUCCGCAUAUGGGACGUGCGCACCACCAAAUGCAUCGCCACCGUCAACACCAAGGGUGAGAACAUCAACAUCUGCUGGAGCCCCGACGGCCAGACCAUCGCCGUGGGCAACAAGGACGACGUGGUGACCUUCAUCGACGCCAAGACGCACCGCUCCAAGGCCGAGGAGCAGUUCAAGUUCGAGGUGAACGAGAUCUCCUGGAACAACGACAACGACAUGUUCUUCCUCACCAACGGCAACGGCUGCAUCAACAUCCUGAGCUACCCGGAGCUGAAGCCGGUCCAGUCCAUCAACGCCCACCCCUCCAACUGCAUCUGCAUCAAGUUCGACCCGGCCGGCCGCUACUUCGCCACGGGCAGCGCCGACGCGCUGGUCAGCCUGUGGGACGUGGAGGAGCUGGUGUGCGUGCGCUGCUUCUCCCGGCUGGACUGGCCCGUCAGGACGCUCAGCUUCAGCCACGACGGCCGGAUGCUGGCCUCCGCCUCCGAGGACCACUUCAUAGACAUCGCCGAGGUGGAGACAGGGGAGAAGCUGUGGGAGGUGCAGUGCGACUCCCCCACCUUCACGGUGGCCUGGCACCCCAAGCGCCCCCUGCUGGCCUACGCCUGCGACGACAAGGAGGGCAAGUACGACAGCAACCGGGAGGCCGGCACGGUCAAGCUGUUCGGCCUGCCCAACGACUCCUGA